GGGGGUUGUACUGUGUUAUUUUUUUGUAUUGUAUUUUGAAAUUAACUUCUUGUUUCUAUUGCAGGUUAAGAGGACGUUGAUGGCCAGUGAAAGACGAGCCUCAGGUCCCUCCAGACCCGGGAGAGCUGCUUCCACUCAGACGGCUGAUCUGGAGGUUUGGACACCCAGUUCUGACAGUUUAGCUCCUCUGUCUUCUGAGUUUUCUGGUUCUGUGUUAACAGGUCAGCAUCACUGGAAGAGGCAGAGCGGCAGCCAGCAGAGCCCAGAUGGUGGAUUGUCAGGCCGCUUCAGACCCAGUCGGAGAGUCGGAAAGUUGAGUCUUAGCAGCAGCGGGUCGUACAUCGUUGAGUGGAGGUGGAGUGGCCACGGAUCGGACGGCCCAAGUGAGCAGGACAGUUGUGGCCACUGGAGUUCGUCCAUGUCCGACAGCCUCGAGAUGAUGUGUUCUCCGCUGCCAGGUCAGGUUCCUGUGGAGCCAACAGUGGCUUCCAUUGGCCUGCCAGCUCAGGGUGCCGUGGAGGCGUCUCCUGCGAACAAGAGCUCAGCAGCAAAACCUACAAAAUAUAGGGAGAAGAAAGGACUUUCUGGUUUCUUCAGGAGCGUGUGGAAGGCUCUGAAACGUCAUUUCGGCUGCGGUUGUCACUGUAGUGCCAUGACUGUUGUGGAGCCUUUCGUCCCUCCACCGGAUCUGGACCCAGAGCCUGACCCAGAUCACUCAGCCGUCAAGCACAAUAAUGAGUCCUUCGCUUCUCUCUUCAAGGUAGGAAAGAUGAUUGGUUGCGGGGGAUUUGGCAGGGUGUACGAGGGGAUACGGAGAUUUGAUGGCAAAAAGGUUGCCAUCAAGCAGAUCAGCAAGAUUGACAACAAUCGUUAUCUUGCUAUAGUAAGUUGUUGA